GGGGUGUGUAGAUAAUCAGAGGAGGGAAGUGAGAAGGAGAUGGAAUGAGUUCGUUGAACCGUCAGGGACUCUUUCUCGAGAGAGCCAUGGGGUGUGUAAAUAAUCAGACAUAGUACCCCUUCCCUUCAUAACUUGUGUGCACCCUUUCCCCCCCUUGCUUCCCGUACUUCUCCUCUUCUCCUUCCCUGGCCCAGGUUUGUCUUGCUGUAUGGACAACUCACCCUACUUUAGUUGAGUACGAAUAGUAGGUCUCCUUUCGGGCAUCACAAAGUAAUCUUGAACCAGAAAGAGGGAGUUGGAAUAGAAUGACGUGCCCUCACUGUUCAUAAGCAGAACAGCAUGGCAAGCUUAUCGUGCGCAGAGCCGGUCACGGGGAUGCAGCUCAACGAUGAAGGCUCCUUGCCUGGUCAGUUUGCAGUUGGUGCAAGUCAAGACGGGAGCUCUGCUGCUGACAGGUGUCAGCAGUUUGGCAAGGGUAUCUGCUUUCUCCUCUCCAGAAGUGACCAGCUCGGCAACCUCAUGGAUGCGCUUGUGAAUCAACCAAUUGUAAUUGACAGUGGAUCAGGAGUUCUUAAGUCUGGUUUUGCUGGCGAUGGAGCUCCACGAGUUUCAUUCCCUUCCUUCAUCGGGAGACCUAAGCAUGUAAGAGUCAUGGAAGGGGGGGAAGCUGCUGACUCUGAUUUCUUUAUUGGCAAUCAGGCAAAUGAACUGAGAGGAAUUCUUCGUCUGCAGUACCCAAUUGAACAUGGGAUGGUGGUGGAUUGGGAUGGAAUGGAGAGCAUCUGGGCUCAUCUCAUUCAUCAAGAGCUACGAAUUCAGCCCGAGGAGCAUCCUGUGCUUUUGACAGAAGUUGCCCUGAACCCUGUGGUGGAUAGAGAAAAAAUGGGAGAGAUCUUCUUCGAUAAAUUCAAUGUGCCAGCUGUCUUCUUUGCGAUGCAGCCGGUCCUCAGCUUAUAUGCCGGCGGUCGAACAACAGGGCUGGUCUUGGAGUCAGGAGACGGAGUGACCCAAGCUGUACCUGUGGUUGAGGGUUUUUCGAUGCCUCAUGCAGUUGGAAGGAUAGAUUUAGCAGGAAGGGAUAUCAGUGAGUACAUGCAGCUGCUGCUCCGGAGGGCUGGUCGGCGGUUUGUCACAAGUGCUGAAUUUCAGACGGUUCGAGAUGUGAAGGAGCAGAUGUGUUUUAUUCCUGCUGACGUUCGCGCAGAGGUGAUCUUUCAACCAACUCUGAUCGGCAACGAAUGUCAAAGUUUGCAUGACCUUGUGAUCAGUUCCAUUGCCCGAGCGGACCUUGAUGUGCGGCGAGUUCUGUAUCAGACAAUUGUUCUGAGCGGUGGCAAUACAUUGUUCAGAGGAUUUGGCGAACGGCUGCUGAAGGAGCUUCGUGCGUUGGCACCACGUGGGACGAAGCUGAAAAUCUUUGCACCUCCGGAGCGUCAGUUCAGCACAUGGGUCGGUGGCUCUAUUUUAACCAGUCUUGCGACAUUUAGGAACCUGUGGAUUUCAAGUGCCGAAUGGCAAGAAAGGGGACCUAGCAUCGUUCACAACAGAGCACUGUAAGGAUUCGAUGUACCAUCGUGCAUUGGUGAGCUCAUCAUGUUGUUGUGCAGAGCGCUGUGUGAGAUUGGAUGUAUUGUCGCGAGUUGGUAAUGCAAUCCUGUUUAAGACAAUGGCAAGAUUAUCUAUCUCGUGUUCCGCCACUUCCCCCCCCCCCACCCCACCCCACCCUUCCCCCUCAUGCGCUUCCAGCAGGACUAAACUCAGGGUCUUUACCUGGACGUUACCUUUCAGCCACAUGGACCGGGUGAGAUGAUUAUCUCCCAUUGUUAUUGCGAGCAAUUCAUUUUACUUCAUUGAUGCUGCUUCUGUCUCUCCACAUGCCCCAUGGAUGUGCUAAGUAAAUGGGUAGGUGUUUUUUUUGUUUUUUUCUUGCCUCCCAUUUCUCCACAUGGGAUUUCUGUUCUCAUUGAGCUCAUCUUAGGACGCCUGUGUUUUGUCUAACAAAAAUAUUGGAUCAUU